AUGCAGCUCCACGUUUUGAGCCCCUUGGUGCCGUUGUGCCUGGCUCAGGAGCUGCUCUGCUGUGGGAACGAGCGGGUCCUUCUGUUUGCCCCGCUGCAGGGUGAAGACAGCUUCCGCAUCCUGGUGGGGACCGAAGGAGACAGCAUCCCGCUGAUGGAGGUCAGCGCUUCUGAGACCGAGGCCCCUGAGCCGUGGGACUACGUCCUUGUGGCCGACCGCCGCACCCAGAGGAGCCCCAGGUGUGUCCGCCAGCAGCAGAGCUUCCUGGAAGACCUCAGGAGGAAGGGCUUCCGUUACAAGGUUAAGGAAGACAAGGAGAAGGUGUUCUUUGGGGUCCAAGCUGACAGCAGGAUCUUCGACCUGUACCGCAUGCUCCUCAUGGAGCCCGAGGGUCCAGCCCCCCGAGUGGAGUCGGCCGGGACCACCCUCAUCCCAACCACCACCAGCCAACUCUUGUGUUCUAGAAUCCGAAUCAUCAACUUUGUCCUGAACAGCAAGACGGCAGAUGGCGACACAUUCCAUGAUUUGGUGAAGGAAAAGGUCUUUGAGACCAAGUUCCCCCUGCACAAGGGCGAGGAAGGCCUGAAGAAGAAAUGGGCCCGGUGGAGGAACAUGGUCCGCGAGCAGCCGAUCGAUGAUAUCAGGAACUACUUCGGUGAGAAGGUGGCCCUGUACUUCGCCUGGCUUGGCUGGUACACCUACAUGCUGGUGCCCGCCGCGGUGGCCGGCCUCAUCAUCUUCCUGAGCGGCUUCUCCCUGUUCCAUGCCAGCCAGAUCAGCAAGGAGAUCUGCGAGGCCCACGACAUCCUCAUGUGUCCUCGCGGUGACCACAGGCGCAGGUACCAGCGCCUCUCGGACACCUGCACCUUUGCUAAGCUCACCCACCUCUUCGACAACGAGGGCACCGUGCUGUUUGCCAUCUUCAUGGCUCUGUGGGCCACUGUGUUCCUGGAGAUCUGGAAGAGGCAGCGAGCCCGUGUGGUCCUGCAUUGGGACCUGUAUGGGUGGGAUGAGGACCAGGAAGAAGUGGCACUCGAGCUCAUUAACUGCCCUGACUACAAGCUCCAGCCACACCAGCACUCCUACCUGAGAAGCACCAUCAUCCUCAUCCUGUCUCUGUUCAUGAUCUGCCUCAUGAUUGGCAUGGCCCACGUCCUGGUCGUCUACCGUGUCCUGGCCGCCGCCGUCCUCAGCAACUUGGCCUUGCCCUUCCUGGAGGAGCAGGUGACCACGGCCGUGGUGGUGACGGGGGCCCUGGUGCAUUAUGUGACCAUCCUCUUCAUGACCAAGAUCAACAAGAUCGUGGCCCUGAAGCUUUGUGACUUCGAGAAACCCAGGACCUUCUCGGAGCGAGAGAGCAAGUUCACCGUCAAGUUCUUCACGCUGCAGUUCUUCACCCACUUCUCCUCCCUCGUCUACGUCGCCUUCAUCCUGGGCAGGAUCAACGGCCACCCUGGGAAGUCCGUGCGCCUGGCGGGCCUGUGGAAGCUGGAGGAGUGCCAUCUCAGUGGCUGCAUGAUGGACCUGUUCGUGCAGAUGGCCAUCAUCAUGGGCCUGAAGCAAACGCUCAGCAACUGCAUGGAGUACCUGCGCCCGUGGCUGGCCCUCAAGUAUCGCUCAAUGCGGGGCCACGAGUCCCGGGACCCCGAGCUGAGAGACUGGCAGCGCAACUACCGCCUGAACCCCGUCAACACCUUCAGCCUGUUUGACGAGUUCAUGGAGAUGAUGAUCCAGUACGGCUUCACUACCAUCUUCGUGGCCGCCUUCCCGCUCGCCCCGCUGCUCGCGCUCUUCAGCAACCUCGUGGAGAUCCGCCUGGACGCCAUCAAGAUGGUUAGGCUGCAGCGGCGGCUGGUGCCACGCAAGGCCAAGGACAUCGGGACCUGGCUGCAGGUGCUGGAGACUAUCGGCGUGCUGGCGGUCAUUGCCAACGGGAUGGUCAUCGCCUUCACAUCUGAGUUCAUCCCCCGAGUGGUGUACAAGUACCGCUACGGCCCAUGCCGAGAUGGGGCGCGCCCCGCAGUCGACUGCCUCACGGGCUACAUCAACCACAGCCUGUCCGUGUUCCACACCAAGGACUUCCAGGACCCCGUCAGUACAGAGGACUCGGAGCACGUCACUGAGUGCAGGUACCGGGACUAUCGCAACGCGCUGGACUACAACUUCUCCGAGCAGUUCUGGAUCCUCCUGGCCAUCCGCCUGGCCUUCCUCAUUCUCUUUGAGCACGUGGCCUUGUGCAUCAAGCUCGUGGCUGCCUGGUUCGUGCCUGACGUCCCUCAGUCGGUGAAGAACAGGGUUCUGGAGGAGAAGUACCGCAGCCUCCGGGAGAAACUGGGGUAUGGCUCCAGCCCCAAGAGCACAGACGUGUAG